AUGGCGGACGGGGACUCGGCGGCGGCCUACGCGUCGCCGCGGUCGCCGCUGCCCCCGGAGACGCCGUCCACGCAGAAGCGGACGCAGCGCGGCCUCGUCUCGCGGGUGUGGAAGGGCAUCUUCGGCCGCCGCGAGGACGUCGAGAAGCUGCUGCAGGCGCUCUCCAAGGAGGAGGAGGCCCUCCGCUCCCGGCUCCACCGCCGCGCCCGCGCCUCCCGCAGCUCCGCCCACAACGUCCUCGCCCUCGCAUCCGCGCUCGAGGGUUAUAUGUUUUAUUUUACGGAACAGAUUGCGGCUGUUGGAUAUGCGAUUAUGACUACCAGAUCCCCGGACAUCCCCUGGCAGAUGAGGGCAGCCCGGGUGCUGCCCAUGUUCUUGGUUCCUGCUUUAGCUGCUCUCAUCUACUCAGCUAUCACAAGCAUUACGAAAAUACUUGAUAAUAGAGACCAACAUACUCUUGAAAAGCUCCGUGCUGAAAGACAGGCCAAGAUUGACGAGUUGAAGGAGAGAACAAAUUACUACACUACCCAGCAACUUAUACAGAGAUAUGAUCUUGACCCUGCUGCAAAGGCGGCUGCAGCAAGUGUUUUGGCAUCUAAGCUGGGCGCGGAUUCUGGAUUGAGAGUCUUUUUGGGAGAUGAGUUGAACAUGGAUGGAAGUAAAAGUAAUGAUCAGCAUGGACAGGCUUCUGGUAUGAGGCAAAGAAAACCAGCCCACUCAGGCCAUGUCUCUGGACCGACCCAUGCCUCUGAGCCAUCAGACGGCUCGAGUAUAUAUGCUGGUAACGAAAGCCCCACUGCAAAUCGGACUGUUGAGCACUUUAGAGGCCAUGCUGGCAAUGAUGGCGGAUGGCUCGCACGGGUGGCCGCUCUGCUUGUAGGGGAGGAUCCAACACAAUGCUUUGCGCUAAUAUGUGGCAAUUGCCAUAUGCAUAACGGUCUUGCGAGGAAAGAGGACUUUGCGUUCGUUACAUACUACUGUCCUCACUGCAAUGCUCUCAAUGGAUCGCGGCAACAGGAGGACGGUGAAAUGGUGACUCCUACCGAUCGCUCCUUUGGUAACAGCAUCCAAGCCAGCGCCAGCCUUGCGGACUCAGGCGUCAGCAGUCCUGUUGGGAGGAGCUUGCCGACCGUUGAAGAACUGCCUGCAGAAAGUUCUGGUGCGAGUAACUUAACGAUUGCUGAACAGCCUCGAGCAGAGAGUUCUUCUGCCACAAAUAACUUACGACCAACUGUUGAAGUUCAACCCGCCGAUCAGCUUGCCAGCUGA